CCCGGCCCGCUGGAAGAUGGCGGUGCGGAAGAAGGACGGCGGCCCCAACGUCAAGUACUACGAGGCCUCGGACACCGUCAGCCAAUUCGACAACGUCCGCCUUUGGCUCGGCAAGAACUACAAGAAGUACAUCCAGGCCGAGCCCCCCACCAACAAGUCGCUGUCGAGCUGGUGGUGCAGCUGCUGCAGUUCCAGGAGGAGGUGUUCGGGAAGCACGUCAGCAACGCGCCGCUCACCAAACUGCCGGUGC